AUGCCUCCUCAUCCAUGUUGGCGACCGCAAAUACCUCGCACUGAGCUUGCGAACAUAUACGGCCAUCUCCGUGAGCCAGUACUUCGAGGCGUUAUACCAUUGAAGAGCGCCCUCACGCCAGUAACUUUGAAACCGCAUUCUACUGAUCAUGAGAGAAAAUUCGCCGAUGAUGUGCGCUGGCUACAGAGACUUUGCUACGGAAAUUUUACCGCUGCAGAGUUGGAGAGAUUAGAUGCCUUGGCACCACUUUACCACAUCUAUGAAGAUGAAACUGCGGUUAACCCAAAUGCUGACAUUACCAUUCAUCCUGCAAUCCAAAGAAAAAAGUGGAAUUACCCGAUGCCAAAAAACAUAGCUGAGUUUCCUUUGGGAGGAGACUUGGAUGGCUACUGGAAUGCUUGUACAGACGACACUGUGUGGGAAGCCAUACUUCCAUCGAUUCGAAUAGCAAGCUUGUAUAUCUCGCAUGCGGAUUUGUGGCCAUGGUUUGAUGCUCUGCUUGCCACCGAGUGGACUGACGUUCCACCGUCCGAGGUCCCCUUUACAUUGAUUCGUUCAUCUGAAGGCUUGAAACGAUUUAACACUAGAGAUCCUCUAGUAUAUGGAAGUGAAAAAGGUAGAAUGAACGUCCGAAACGGAAUAUUGAAACAUUCUAAGAAUAUAUAUUUCCGUCUAAUAAGCUCUUUUACCGAUCCAGCAAGCGGUGUUCUAGCAGUAGAUCACAAAAAAGGAAGUAUUUCUGGACAAACUUUAACCAGCAAAAUAAGCAAUGAUUCUGUUGUAACCAUUAGUUUCCAUCCCCUCGCGGCUUUGCUUCCUGGAACUGUGGAAAAAUUGAACACUGCAGAAAGACGUUUGGUCCAAGUAGAAGUUGCAAAGACUAUCAUACAUGAGUUUGGCCAUGGCCUUUUUCAGCAGGUCUACAAGGCCUAUUUUCCCAGCCAUAAUGGCGAUGAGAUCUAUUUUCACCAGGAGGUAUUUGGCGGGACUACACGGGCUCUUCGUGAGCCACUAGAAGAUUCGCUGCUCGAUUUAGAGGGGGGAACUGUGUUUAGUGAUAUAAAUACCGCCGCCACUCAAGGUAAUGAAGGGAACCCAGUCCUACUCAAAAAGCCACCGGACUUCUACAGAGUUACAUAUUGGCCUAUUUCUGUUUCCUGGUAUAUGGAUAUGGGAAGCAAAAGCAGAUUCGAAUCCGUUGUUCGGAAAUAUGGAACACAAACUGUGAAAUAUAAAAUGGUCACAGGUGAAGAAUUUAUUCUCAAGAAAAAUGGUGAGAGAUGGCCUAUUUUAAGGGAUCCAUUUACCGAAUUUGAGGGUAUACCAAACAACAAUCAACAUACUGGCCUAAGGUCGGACAGAUUGGAUACUUUAGAGCCCCCUCGCAAACGACGGAGGGUCACAACGGCCCCGGCCGCCAUUGUGCGAAAGGCUUGUACUUCCCGAGAGCCAAGGCUCAACCAGAAAAUGAAACCACGAAUUGACACGCUUGCUGAAUUCAAAGAUCAAGAUUUACCGCCAUGUCCUCGGUUCGACGAGAUUAGCGCGUAUUUAAUCGACAAUCGUCGACAGUUGGCCCUGCACACAAUGUGUUUCGCCAUGCCUGAGCAUACUUUGCGUGAUUACAUUCUACGACAUGGUGGGCUGAAAAUUAGUGCCCAAGAAUGGCGUGCGUAUCUUCUUCAUUGCGAAGCCGUCCCAUAUCUCUUCAGAUUCCAGCCUCAUGGAAGAUAUCGUGACAUCUCGACUUAUCGUGGCUCCAUCCAACUUCAUGCCUCCAGUUGGCCAAAGACAGAUCUUUCACCCUUCAAGUCAAUAGGUCCAUGGGAUGAAUCUUUUGUGGGGAAACUCGUCAAAGGUUUGAGACUUUGUGUCGCUAUUGACUUGUUCUCCAUCAAGUAUGUUGACUAUUUAGAUCAAAUGUGGCUACAUUCGAUCUUCUGGGACGUUGACAUGAAGAACUUCCUUACCGUGUUCAACACCGAUGUCAAACGGGGUGAUGGAAUAGCGAGCAAGGUUGGACUAGGUUUGAUGUCCAAAGAAGAACUUGAAGAUUUAGUGCAGGUUUUAGCAUCUACUCGAUCAUUACUUACUUGGGCUCCAGAGGGCAUCAUCCGACGCUUACCACUGACUACUACGGAAUCCAAAGAACUCACCUGUGGAGAAACAAGCAUAAGAGACAUUACUCUACCCAAAGGCCGAUCACUUAUUGAUUGGGAUGCGGGGUAUGAGGCUUUGUGUGAGUGGGACGACGAGGAUAUGGAAACUGACCUGGAAACGCUGGCCGAGGCGGACACCGGCAUCACGUAUGCUGACGGCCGACACGAAAGCAAAUGGGAAUACGCGGAGCGCACAGAACCGCCACCAGUCAAGACGCAAGCGCAGUUGGAAGCAGAAGAAUUCGAGCGCCGAAUCCAAACGCUGGACAAAACGAUUGCGGCAUAUCACGCGGAGCAUCCAGAUGCCGCUGACGAGGAAAUGUUUGAAAAUUCGUUUUGGAAGGUGUGGAAGGGGUUUUAUCCCGAGGGUACCAGAGAGGAUGCGCUAGAGGAAUUCGAGGAGUGUCUGGAUAAUUUUAAGUCGACAAAAGAUGGUGGUUCAGGAGCUCCGGGAAUUGAUAUGAAGGAUUUUAUGGGUGCCAUGGAGGAGAGUGGGGGUUGUCCUGAAAUGUGA